AUGGCCUGCCGGGGACUAGCCGAGGCGGACGAAUCAGAGACGUGGGUGGACGUUCGGGGGCAGAGGAAGCUUCAUACUCCCCCGCCCGCAUCCACCCCGUUGUCCCCAAAAGUUUGGGCCGGGGAAAGAGGGGGAGGCUCCUGCAGCUCCGUGCGGGAAGCUGGCUGGCCAGUGGGGAAACAGCAUUCAGGGCCGCAACUCACAAUCCUUUCUCUGAACAGCGAGUCUGAUGGGAACCCCACUACUGAGGAUGAGUCCAGCCGCAGCCCUGAGGACCUGGAGAGGGGGGUGGCUCCAGUGGCCACGGAGGCCCCUGCCCAGGGCUCCAUAUUCCUGGCGGGGGCCGCCCCUCCUGCGCCAUGCCCUGCCUCUUCCUCCAUCCUGGUGAACGGGAGUUUCCUGGCUGCCAGCAGCUCACCAGCGGUGCUUCUCAAUGGGAGCCCUGUCAUCAUCAACAGCCUGGCCCUGGGUGAAGCCUCCAGCCUGGGCCCCCUGCUGCUCACAGGGGGUGGGGGCGCCCCACCACCACAGCCUAGUCCCCCGGGGCCCAGCGAGGGCAAGACCUCCUUGGUCCUGGACCCUCAGACCGGGGAGGUUCGACUGGAGGAGGCUCAGCCCGAGGCCCCUGAGACCAAGCCCCAGGUGGCUGCUCUGGGAACACCUGGAGAGGAGGUGCCAGUGCCUCUGCCCCAAGUGGUGCCUGGGCCCCCGCCGGCUGCUGCCUUUCCUCUGCCCCCAGGACCCGUGGCUUCUGUGGCUGCUCCACAAGUGGUGCCCCUUUCCCCACCCCCUGGGUACCCUGCAGGCCUGGGCCCCACCUCCCCGCUAUUGAAUCUGCCCCAGGUGGUGCCCACCUCACAGGUGGUGACUCUGCCACAAGCUGUGGGGCCACUGCAGCUAUUGGCAGCUGGGCCAGGCAGCCCCGUGAAGGUGGCAGCUACCGCGGGCCCUACUAAUGUGCACCUGAUAAACUCCGGGGUGGGCGUGACUGCCCUGCAGCUGCCUCCGGCCACUGCCCCAGGAAACUUCCUCCUGGCCAACCCCGUGUCUGGCAGCCCCAUUGUGACAGGUGUGGCCGUGCAGCAGGGCAAGAUCAUCCUCACGGCCACCUUCCCCACCAGCAUGCUGGUCUCCCAGGUCCUGCCGCCUGCCCCCAGCCUGGCCCUGCCCCUGAAGCCAGACACGGCCAUCUCGGUGCCCGAAGGAGCCCUUCCCGUGGCUCCCAGCCCUGCUCUCCCAGAGGCCCACGCCCUCGGCGCACUUUCUGCCCAGCAGCUGCCACAGCCACCACCUGCCCCUGCCGCCACCAUUGCUGCCAGCCUGCCCUUCUCACCAGACUCCUCCUGCCUCCUGGCUGGCUUCCCUGCGCCCCCACCUGAGGGCCUCAUGCUGUCACCUGCAGCCGUGCCCAUCUGGCCAUCCGGACUGGAACUGAGCACAGGCACAGAGGGGCUGCUAGAAGCGGAGAAGGGGCUGGGGACCCAGGCCCCCCACACUGUGCUGAGGCUUCCAGACCCUGACCCUGAGGGGCUGCUCCUGGGGGCCACAGCGGGGGGCGAGGUGGAGGAGGGGCUGGAAGCUGAGACCAAGGUCCUGACCCAGCUACAGUCAGUGCCUGUGGAAGAGCCCUUGGAACUGUGACCCUCAGGCCUCAUCGCCUCUCCUGACAAUGGUGCUUGAGAUCCAGGACAGCUGGGAGAAGGGAACCUUUCAGAAACAGUUGUUGAUCUGAGGAUUCCACAUACACUACAACCUACCCCCGGCUGCUUAACCUCCAAGCCCUGGAUGUGCGGGGCUCACCCCUGUCCAAGGGCACCGUCCCUCUGGAUGGGAAGCCUCCUCUGUUACAGCCCUCUCCUUAUUCUGCCCCAUAUACGUGGGGAGAUCUGGGGGGUCCUGACUUGGGGGCUCUGCCCCCCUUGACCUGGUACGAGCUGUGAGCUGAAAACCCUGUAAAAUGGCUGGACAUCCAACCCCCUUGAGCCCUCUCCCUAUCACUCCCUAAAACACUAUUAAUAGCUCCAUUGACCUCCAGAGUUCUCAGAACUGCUUGGAAUCUGACGGUGGAGCAGUCCUAUGCCCAGGGACUGACAGCCUCCCAGCUGGGCUCUUCCAGCUGCAACACAAUGCAGGUGUGGGGAGGCCUGGGCGAGGAUUCCCCUCUGCUCCCCCUGGACGACAGCCCUCAUCAUCACGUCCAGCCCCAGACCAAAGAUCCCCUCACCCGAGGGGCAACCUUGACCCCCGUGUCUAGUUUGUAUCCUAAAUCUUUAUUUUUCUAGGACAUGUUAUGCUUACAUUUCAGUUAAAAUAAAGUUAACAGGAUAACUAAAAGCUUCA